AUGCGUCUUCCAUACAUCGACGAUGACCCCCAAAUGUCCAACCCAGAGGACCAAGCCGUCGUCGAUCGGGUCAAGGAGCGAAGAGGUGGAAAGCUCAUAGCUCUCGACAAAGCACUCCUCCAUGCACCACCAGUAGCCGAUGGCUGGAACGCAUUUCUCAAGUCCAUCCGAACACGAACCACCUUGCCAGAUUCGAUCAGAGAGCUCGCAAUCUGCCGAGUUGCUUCCAUGAACCACGCAUGGUACGAAUGGGACGCGCAUAAGCCGAUUUUGUCGAGGUCAGGCGUGCUCAGUGAAGAUGUAAUUGAGAAGAUCAAGGAUCGGGAGUGGGAUGGCAAUGGUCUGGAUGAGAAGCAUAGGGUUGUGUUCGAGUAUACCAAUGCCAUGACAAUAUGUUGUAUAGUGAAGGACCCAUUGUUCGCGAAGCUCAAGAGCCUGUUCAGUGAGAGGGAAGUGGUCGAGAUCACAGCAACGGUUGCUGCGUACAACACAGUAAGCCGUUUCCUGGUUGCGUUGGAUGUUGGUGAGAUGAGGGAGAAGUACUCGGUAGACAUGUCGUGA